AUGUUGAACCCUCAAUCACCGCCGUCGGACAGCACGCAGCAUCACCAAUACGAGGAGGCAACUGUGGGUACGUGGGACCAUACGGAAACCCAGCCUGAGGGAAUCCUUAAGGAUGAUGGUGACGAUGGUAUCACAUCUAGAGGGGAUCUCAACAUGUCCCCGGCCGCCCCUCUAGUCCCACUAGCGGCAACGAAACAAUCCCACCGAACACAGUAG